AUGGAGCAAUGGAAGGUGAUGGUACUAAUCUGUCUAUAUGGUGCUGUGAAAGAGUUCCGGCCCACUGAACCAUACAUGUAUGAGUAUCAGCAUACUACACUGAAUAUGUCGGAGCACACGUUGAAUAGUCAGGUUUACCCAAUCUGGACGUACAGUUACCUCAUCACCCUAAUCCCCGCCUUCCUUCUAACCGACGUCUUCCUCUACAAACCUCUUCUAGUCUUCGAAGCAUUCUCCUAUUUCCUAUGUUGGGUCAUUUUCGUGUUCGGAAGAAGUGUCUGGAGUCAACAGGUGCUGGAGCUGAUCUACGGAUGGGCGACUGCAACGGAGAUUGCAUAUUUCGCGUAUAUUUAUGUGAAAGUUCCAAAAACCGAGUACAAGUCAGCCACCGCGUUCACCCGUGCCGCCCUUCUUGUCGGCCGAUUCCUUGCCUACGCACUAGCUCAACUACUGAUCGGAAUGAACUGGGCAUCCUACUCCACUCUGAAUAUUAUCAGUUUAGUUGCCAUGACCAUUGCGGUGUUCCUUGCUCUCAUUCUUCCACGUGUCGAAUGGAAAGAAGCUUACGAGAAGAAGCUGGAGGAUAACAAUGUGCAAGGUGACUUGAAGGAGAUUGUCGACCAAUCGAGUUAUAUGGAUUACCUCCGCAUGUUUUUUGUGGGGCUCAGGCAUAAUUUGCUGGCGAUUUAUCGGAAUCCUCUGAUUCUUAAGUGGUCUGUCUGGUCGGCACUUUCCAGUUGUAUCUUCUACCAAGUCACCAACUACACCCAGACACUUUGGGGUACUUUACCGGAAUCUGAGAAUCGAUGGAAUGGAAUCACGGAGGCCCUGGUACCGCUACUAGGUAUCCCGGCUGACUUGAUUACCCGGCAGCUCAACGUGAAUUGGAAUAAGUGGGGAGACUUGCUCCUGGCAGUUGGCUCCGUGGGGCAAGCUGGUCUACUAUUCUGGAUGUCACAGUCCAAUCAUAUUGUGGUACUGUAUCUCAGUUACAUUUUCUAUCGUGUGAUCUACCAACUGACCACUACCAUUGCUCAGUCUACAUUGGCAUUUUCCUUGGAUUCGAGACUGUUUGGAUUGCUUUUUGGAAUCAAUACAUUUGUGGCGCUUUUGAUGCAAUCAGUGUUGACUGCAGUGGUUAUUGAUUGGCAGAAAUUGGAGAUCAGACCGCAGUUUGUCGUCUACUCCUGCUAUCAUCUCGUCGUCGCCAUCUCUUUCGCCGCCAUUUUUGGAAUCUGGGCGACCCGACGAUUCAUCAAAACACGAUCUAGUUAG